AAAACCCGGAAGUAAUUCCCUCGUUGGUACGUGUGUAGUGGUGUAGCGGAGAAACGUGAAUUUGGAGGGGUGGAGGGAUGGUUCAAGGGCUGCGCACUGAGUUCCCAGUUCCACCGCCCCCACCAAGUGACUCUGACUCUGACUCUUUGGGGGCUGCUUUUGAGGACGCGGGGCCUGAGGCUGACCGAGGGAGGUCCCUGCUCUUUCUGCCAACCAAGCUGUACCUCAUGGAGUCUACGUUCAGCAGCCCCGCGGAGGCAGCGCUGCAGCGAGAGGCGGGCGCUGCCGGAGUGCUCACUCCUCUCGCGGACCUGGACCGCGUGUACGAGCUGGAGCGAGUCGCUGGAUUUGUCCGCGACCUAGAGUGUCAGCGGGUGGCCUUGCAGUUCCCUGACCAGCUAUUGGGAGAUGCUGGGGCCGUGGCUGCACGACUGGAGGAGACCACAGGGUCGAAGAUGUUCAUUCUGGGCGACACAGCUUAUGGCAGCUGCUGUGUGGAUGUACUGGGUGCUGAGCAAGCUGGAGCUCAGGCCCUUGUACAUUUUGGCCCUGCCUGCUUAAGCCCUCCAGCUCGCCCACUGCCUGUGGCCUUCGUCCUUGGUCAACGUUCUGUGCACUUGGAGCUCUGCGCCAAGGCCUUUGAGGCCCAGAACCCAGACCCCAAAGCGCCUGUGGUGCUGCUAAGUGAGCCAGCCUGUGCCCAUGCCCUGGAGGCCUUGGCCACUCUCCUGCGCCCACGGUACCUGGACCUGCUUGUCUCCAGCCCAGCUCUUCCCUUGCCAGUGGGUUCCUGCAGUCCAGAACCUGAGCCCCUGGAGCGUUUUGGGCGUCGCUUUCCCCUGGCUCCCGGGAGGUGUCUGGAAGAAUAUGGUGCCUUUUAUGUGGGGGGCUCUGAAGCCAAUACUGACCUUGACCUUGACCCAGACCUGAGCCGGUUGCUCUUGGGCUGGGCACCAGGGCAGCCGUUCUUCACCUGCUGCCCGGACACAGGGCAGACUCAGGAUGAAGGUGUCCGGGCUGGACGGCUAAGGGCACGUAGACACUACCUGGUAGAGAGGGCCAGAGAUGCCCGGGUGGUGGGGCUGUUGGCAGGUACUUUGGGUGUAGCCCGACACCGUGAAGCAUUGUCACACUUGCGGAACCUGGCUCAGGCUGCAGGCAAGCGUAGCUAUGUGUUGGCCCUGGGGCGGCCCACACCUCCCAAGCUUGCCAACUUUCCUGAAAUGGAUGUCUUUGUGCUAUUGGCCUGCCCUCUUGGUGCUCUAGCUCCACAGCCUUCUGGUGGCUUCUUCCGGCCUGUAUUGGCACCAUGUGAGCUGGAGGCUGCCUGCAACCCUGCCUGGCCACCUUCAGGCUUGGCUCCCUACCUCACACAUUACGCGGAUUUAUUGCCUGGCUCUCCCUUCCACGUGCCCCUCCCACCACCUGACUCAGAACUGUGGGACACCCCAGAUGUGUCACUCAUUACUGGGGAACUCCGACCCCCACCUGCCUGGAAGCCAUCAAAUGAUCCUGGAUGCUUGGCCCUGACCUUGCGGCCCCAGCUGGAGCUGGCUGAGAGCAGCCCUGCAGCUUCAUUCCUUAGUUCCCGGAGCUGGCAGGGGCUGCAACCCCGUCUGGGUCAGACACCGGCGACAGGAGCUGUGAGUGGAAGACGAGGGAUUGCCAUCGCCUAUGAGGAUGAAGGAGGCAGCUGAUACCAUGUGGGGCCAGAGACACAGAUGGGCUGAAGAAUUGCUGCAAAGACCUUUAAUACUCCCUGCAUCAACCCCACUCCUCUGCCUGGAUCCUUGAUGCAGGGAAGGACAGACAGCCCCUCACUGAAGAAGGGGACCAGCUCUGUCCUGUUGUGGCACUGGCACGAGGCUUAGCAUAUAGUGGUUUAAUAAAUGUCUUUUGAACUGA